AUGUCUGUCAAGACUGUAGGAUAUAUCGGCCUCGGCAAGGCGGGUGCCUCAAUGGCAUCGAACCUGCCUCGAUCAGGCUUCAAUUGUGUCGUGAGGGAUGCAGAUCCAGCGCGAGAAAAGGAAUUCGCUUCGAAAUAUGAGAAUGUCACCAUCGCCGAAGCCGGCCCAAAUGCAUUCAAGGAUUGCGAUGUCGUGAUCACCAUGUUGCCGCAAGGAAAAGUCGUGAGGGAAGUGGUAUUGGGAGAGAAUGGAAUCGCCAAGGGUUUGAAAAAGGGAUGCAUUAUCGUCGACACAUCGUCGUCUUCACCAUACGACACCCAGAGCCUCGGCAAGGACCUGGCAGAUCUGGGCUUGGUUCUGGUCGACGCACCAGUCACGCAGAGACGACUCCACGACACCGAUAUUGGUGAGGCCACGCUCAUGGUGGGAUCAGACACUCAGGAGGCCUUUGACAGAGUCCUGCCCGUUCUCCAGGCCAUGGCGAAAUGGGUCUUCCACAUGGGUAAGUUGGGUGCUGGUCACGCCAUGAAGACAUUGAACAAUUACACCAGUGCUGGAUCAAUCAUCGCCUUGUCGGAUGCGCUGGUGGCAGGACAGAAAUACGGCCUCGACCCUGUCCAGAUGAUUGAUGUUCUCAAUGUUGGAACAGGCCGGAACUUUUCCACAUCAGAUAGCUAUGCAACUGAUGCACUGCCCAAGAAAUACGCGACCGGGUACCAACUUGCUCUGCUUGUGAAGGAUAUUGGUAUCUCCAAGGAACUAUUUGAAAAGGUCAACUUCGAUACCGAUAUGCCCGACUUGAUCCUCAAGUAUUUCAAGGAAGCCCAAGAGGGACUUGAGCCGACGGCCGACCACACUGAACUCUUGAAGAGCUGGGAGAAACGAGCCGGUUUGUCGCUCAAGGUCGGCACCCCAGAUGGCUCGACAGUGACGGCGUUGAAGAAAUGA